AUGGGUGAUUAUUAUUUAGAAUUUCUGCAACAAUACCUCCACAAUGUGAAUUUAAGGAAAAAGAUAGGUGAAAGAACUAUUGAAAGAAAAGGAUGCUAGAAGUAAUUUGAAGUGAGAUUAAAAUAGAAGGAGGGUAACAAUCAUUCUUUUGAGGAAAGAAAGAAAAGAUUGAGGAGUUUGGCAAGUGAAAUCUAACGCAAUUUUGAAUGUCCUAUAACAAAGUGUGGUAAGAAAUAUGGGUAUGAUACAAUUCCAUUUGUGUAAUAGAAGCGAAGGUUCCUUGAAUUAGCAUAUCAAACUUAAGCAUCCUGA